AUGGUUCAGGAAAAUCAUGAAAUUGUAUCAAAAAAAUUGAUCAAAUUCUUUAAUAAAAAUAUUUGGACAAAAUUAAGUGGUCUAACUAUUGCUCUAACUGACUUACGUAUUGACAAUAUUCAUAUAACUUACAUGUCUAUAUUCGUAAAAGCAGAAGGUACAACUAAAAACACAUUAUCUAUAUCAUUGGACCAUAGGAAUAUAUGGAAACAUGAUCAUACAGAAUUAAUUUCUGAAACUGGGUUCUAUCAACUCAAAGCAGAUUUCCAUUCAGCAUUGGGAAUUGAUAACAUUUCAAUUUUUGUUAAAAGUAAAACAAUUAACCUAUCUUCAACUAUACUCAAAAGCGGGGCUUACAAUAAUAAGGUUAACACUCAUAGUAAUAAUAAUAAUAAUGGUGAUUCAGCCACUAUGGGAAAUGGAACUGCCACAUUGUCACAUAACCAUCCCCUAUUUUCAAAUCACGAUACGAACACAAAAAAUGUAGACGACUCUACUGACGAUUCAGAUGAUGAUACUACUUUAAAUGAAAAUAGUUAUGAAGAUAAGUUGAAUUUAUUGCAUUUCCAACUAAAACCAUUUUUCAAUAGAAUCAAACACAUUGAAGUAUCUGUGCAUGGAUUAUCUGUCAAAGGACUAGAUUUUGUGCCUGAAAACAAUAAGAAUACACGUAGGAAAUUUUCAAGAUUUCCAACGUGUUUAAAUGCUUCGAUAUAUAUUACCAGUUUUUAUUUUACCUUCCACAAAUUGGAUAACAGUGCCUUUACCAAUGCUUGGUUCAAGAAAAAUAACAAAGCACCAUUAAAAUACUCUUGUAAUUUUAAUGGGAUAUUAGUUGACUUGCACGAUCAUUUUCACAACUCUGUUGAAACAAUAGUUGAUUUGCCUGGCUUAACAAUAAUCGGAGAAACUGAUAUUUUUUUGUUGAACAGCUUUAGGGAUGAAUAUUUCAAAAUUAUUGCACAUUUAAGCUCGCCGUCAUUAUCCUUAAAUCUUUUGCAAUUGUCUCACAUUUCAAGUUAUUUUCGAAAUCUAUCCAUUUACAAAAAGUUUAGUAAAUGUAAGUAUAAAAACGAAGAUAUUAACAAGAUCAACUUAACAGUAAAUGAUUUUUUUAAGUGUUGUUUAUUAAAUAUUCAUUUGAAAUUCACGGUGGAGGAUACUAUACUGGUUCUUUCAGAUUACGACAAUGCUUUUGUUGCUAGUGUUGAUACUUUUGUAUUAACUAUUACUGGUGAGGUCGCUAGGGAUAUAAUCAAUAAAUAUAACAUGGAAUUAAACAUGGAUAUGUCAGAAUAUUUGGUCAAGUGUUUUGAAAACUCCUUAGAAGCUGAGGGUAUAGAUAUCUGGAAGUAUGAUCAUUUUCAAGGUGUCAUUAAAAGUGUUUUCUCUCCCAAUAAUAUUCUAACUUUAUGUGACGUUGUAGUGGGUAACGUUAGUCUUGACUUGACCGAACUAAAAGUGUUAUAUGUAAUUAGUAGAUUUUUGCAUGAGUUUGAGACUGGCUGUAUUUCAUUUGAAAACCUCAUGUUUAAGGAAUUAUACAAAGAGAUUAGCGUACUACUAAACAAAGGUUUAAAGGUUGAAGAUAAAAAAUGUGUUAUAGAGACUACUAAAGAACAUAUUUUAAACGUUGUCAAUACUAUACUACCAAGAUUUAUUGAUAAAGUUCAGAUCACAUGCGAGUCUUUUUCAUUGAGAAACAGUUGUAGAUCUAUAUUUCUAACCAAACAACAAUUUUGUGACCUAUCACUUACAGAUGAUACACCUAAGAGUAUGAAGUUUAAGCUAAAUGGUGUUUCUGUUUUGCUACAGCCAACAAUUCACAAAUGCGGCGAUUCUGCAAUAGUUACAAAAGGUGACAAUUCAGAUGCAAAAUUUAUAGUGGAAAUUGAUGAUGUAUUGUUGGCUUCAGAAACCGAAAGCUCCAAACAUGUGGAUGUAGAAGAUUUAUCAUUGGUUCGCAAAUUGGUUUUCAAAAUCACGCAACCAACGGUAGAAAAGUUUACUUUUAUUAUUGGGUAUUCCGAUCUAGAUUUGAAUUUUUCCAUAAAGGGGUUUUUUUUGUAUGCUUCAUCCCUCUACACAGCAAGAUUAACAUUUAGCGAAUUAAACACCUAUAAACUUGAACCUAUAUGCAAGGAAAAGUUAGAACUACUAAGAUUAAUGAAAUUGCGACCUGCUUCAGAGAGCUCCAAGGUGAACAAACAACUCCUAGCUGACUUGAUUGAUAUUCAGUUUUUAACUUUAAAUACCAAGAUUAAGUUUACUCUCGUCAAUAAAAUUCCAAUAUUGAUAAAUAUUUUCGACAUGUAUAUGCACGUACAGAAUUUAAAAGAUGUAAAAGUCGUGGCACCUUACCUGAGAUUAUCCAUUCAGGAUCCACAACAUAGAUAUAAGUGGGCCAGGGUUUUGACUGUUUCAGAUGGAUUGGGAUUAUUCAAUAUAGAUAAGCUAAAAAAACAGACUAAAUGUACAUUUGAAGAGUUACAAGAUGAUGAUUUUUCGUUGAUAUUGGAUUCAACUCUGAUGCGAAUCAGUUUACCGCAUGGAUUUGAAAUGUACCAAGUGUUGGACAAUUUAAUCACUACAUUAAAGUGUUUUGUUCAAGUUGUGCAUUGUUUUAAGCUUGGUCAAGGAAAAGAGGUUAUAAAACCUAAAAUAAUGAAAGCUAAGCCUAUCCCAAAAAUUAAUAUUAAAUCAAAAAGAUUUUUAUUUACCCUAGAUGAUGAUCCCUUUGAAGCGAAGAUGAAUAUGGUAUUCCAGUUGGGUUUGCAAGAGCAAAAAAGAAGAUUAUAUUUGUAUAAGAAAUUAGAAGAAUACAGUAAUUCAGAAGAUAAAAUACAACAUUCCUUUAUUGAAUCGUGCUCCGAUAUAGGCGCUCUUGAAAGAUUGGGGAAAUUCAUGUCAAAAUCGUGGCUAGGUCGAGUCCAGAAAUUCAAAUACUUGGAAAAAAAAGUAUUCAAUAGAAAUUAUGAAUUUUUGUGGGGGGAGAAAGAACUUAAAAUUCCACCUAUUUACAAUAAAGAUUUUAUCCAACUCAAUUGUUUCCCAUUUUUAAUGACACUUAUAAUGAAGGAUACAAAUAUAAGUCUUUCCCAGCCAUCAUUUGGGAUAGAUAACCUUCCUGACUUUAUUUAUAAUGUUGGUCAAGGUGUUCCUAAAAACACACUAUAUUCAAUUCUAAUUCCAUUUUACUUGAAUGCCAAAUUUAGUGAAAUCAGAGGCCAUUUAAAAGACUACCCGUUAUUGUUUCUUCAUUUUCCAAAACUAGAUUGUUCGCAAUAUAGCAAAGGAGAAAAGAAAUAUUCUGCAGUGAUUAAAGGUGAUAUGGUGAUUAGUGAAUCUAUGGUUACGGAGUUAUACGAAUUGAGAAAACUAGUGGUGGAAUUAUUGGCUUUAAAAAACAAGUCAAAAAGAGAGUUAUAUACCUUGGAAGUUGUAAGAACCUUGAGACCAGCAAAAAUCUACACAGAUUUAACUUUAACUAUGAGCUCUGCUCAAAAAACACUAGCUACCUGGGGUGGAUCGUAUUCCGGGGCGUUCCAACAAGUAAUGAUGGCCUUUGACAAUUUCUCGAAACCCCCUGUAGAUCCAUCGGGAGCCCUAGGUUUUUGGGAUAAGUUAAGAAACACCUUUUUUGCCAGAAUAACCUUGGAAUGGAAAGGUGCUGGUGGUUUAAAUGUAUGCUUAAAAGGUGAUAAAAAUCCCUAUAAAAUAUUAGACGAUAGUGCCGGAUUUGUUAUUGGAUUUGAAAGGAACGUGUCUGUUACUUGUAAUAGGGAAACUUCAUAUAAAAAGUUUGCAACAUUUAAUGCGCAAAAUGUCUAUUUUGCAAUUCCUAACCACUGUGCAAAACCUUUAUUGUCCUGGUGCAAAGAUUCUGAUGAUUUUUUGUUUUUGGGUAAUCAAACACAACUGAACUUUGAAGCAGCUACUUCCUACACUUACUUUUUAAAAAACAAUAAUACUUCAAGUUUACUGUCAGAUAUAAGAAAGUUGGGUUUGGAAUAUAUUGAAAAAAAGGCUAUAAACUUAACUGGUGGAGUCAAACUUAAUAUAGGAUUGGGUUACGAAAGAUUUUUGAAUGAAACACACACUAAGAGAACAUCGAAAUUUAUACCACAUUUUAUGAUCAGAUUAUGGAAUCCGAAAAUGGUCAAAGACAAAUUGCAUGACUCUUAUAGAGGCUUCAGAGCGGAUUUUAUUCAUAUGGCUAUCGGUCUUGAAUCUCAAAAUGAAAAUGCGUACAACACUUUACAAUUGACGCCACUAGUAUUUAGGCAUUUUUUCAAAUGGUGGAAAAGUUUUUCCGGGAAUUUCCCAGUAAGGACCGGUAAACUAUUCAGUGCUCCAAAAAAUAACCCAAAAUUUGGUGCUCAUAUUGCUACCUUAUCGUAUACGGCUGACGUUACUUCUUUGUAUGUUUCCCAUAUCUGUCGUGCGCAUUUCAAGCCUGUUAUAGGUGAAUUGGCCAAAAAUGAUUCCGAGUUUUUUGGGUUUAAGGCAAAGGUAAGUAAGCUAGCUAUGGAUUUGCAUCAAAGAAAAGAGGUUUUCCACGAGGAAAAUAGAGGUUUAAACACCGUUAAAAAAAUUUCUAAAUUGAAGUUUUCUAAAUGUUCUGUCUCAACUAUUGAGAUUGAUCUUAAAGUUGUUCAUGCACAAUUUACUCCAAGCACAUAUAUUGAGCAGACAGAGGAGAGCAAAAUCAAUAUUGAUGACAGCGUUGCGGAAUGGUAUGACAAAACAGAUUAUCACGAAGUUUAUUUUGAAAACAUGGACUCACAUAUAUCUAAUGUUGAUAUAAUGACUUUGGCCAUGGUGAAAACUUUUACUUUUAAAAAUGAAUGUCCAUAUAAAGACAAGUAUCAAAUUGAUUAUGAAACUAAUAACCCUAUUGAACCAUAUGAAAAUGCAGUGUCACACGAUUGCAAAUUAAAAAAUGAGCAUAUGUUGCCUUGUAUGUCGAUAAUGAGCAGACUUGGAAAAUUGAAUGAAAUGAAAGAUGCCAUUUUAAAAACUGAAGAUGUGAAUAACAUAGAAAUAAAAAAAACCCUUGCAUAUAUUGACAAGUAUGUCCCUCUCCUAGAAAAUUUUCUAACAGAUAUAGAUGAAGUUAAUCGCCGUAUUAAAUGCGAUGAGUAUACGGGCAAGCCUUUGCAUUUUGCAAAUGUUUUGAAAUUCAGGGAAACUGAUUGUUUUAAUGAAAGCUUUCAUAAUAUCUAUUCAAUAGUUGGUAUGAAAUUGAGAUGGACAGAAUCACUUAGAAAUAUUGUAUUGCAAUAUAUUUCGUUGAUUGAGAUUAUCCAUUUCACGAAAUAUAUUGAUAUGGUUUCACUUUUAAGAAAAUACAACAAAGUUGUAGACGAUGAAAAGGAAAACGGAAGCAUAAAGUCGUUUGAAGAGAGUAGUUCAAUUAUCGACAAUAGCAUUGAUUGGGAGGGGAAACAGAAUGUUGGUUUGCUUUUUGAACAAAAUCUAAAGAAUAUUGUUAAUAGACCUGAUAUAAAUGUUGACGAUAAGCACGUGGUUCAUUUCAUUGCUUCACAAGUACAACUUGUCUCCGAGAGUGACCCCGAAGACUGCAUGUUGGUUUCUAUUUCUAGUAUUAAGCUAAAAGUUCUAGAUUUUGUCAAAAAAGUUCUAAAUGACGAUUUGAAUAAAGAAGUUUUUUUGUCCCGUUAUGCAGCCGUGUUAUUUGAUGCGAAUGUUUAUAGUUUUGCCCAGCAAAAUUUUCUGGGAUGUGAAAAAAAGUUAUAUUUUAGCGAUGUUGAAAAGCCAGAUGAUAAGAAUUGGCAACCUUGGUUGAGUCUGGAGAUGUUGUUGAAUUCGAGCGGAUUAAAACAGUGGAAACUAAUCGAUAAAUUGUCUUUUAUUGUCAGAUAUGACAAAAGACCUGAGAUCAGCUUGUAUCAAACAAAAGAUGAUAUUUGCAAGGAGGUCUUAUGUACGGUACCUAAAGUUGAGAUUACUUGCGACUCACAGCAAUAUACCUUUUUGUUUAGAAUCAUUUCUGAACUAUUAGUAUAUGUUGAACCGAGAAAUGCUGCAAUUAAAAAGGAAAUUGAUAAAAUUGUUUUAGCAACAAACAACGAAACCGCUGUUGAAAUGACAGACGUUUUAUAUGCUAUUCAGGAAAAAAUCCGGAUGUUGACAACAAUCGAAUCAUCUUAUACUUUUAAAAAUUGCUUACUGGACGAUAGAGAAAAGAAGUGUUUAAACGACGUUAGAAGCUAUAAGUAUUACUUGAUAUUUAAAAUGUUUUUGUUGCUAAAAAUUCUUUCUAAAACGGACAAAACACUGGUUGAUAAUUCACAUAGUGACAGUGUACUUUUAAAAUUGACAAGUUCUGAAAUUGUUUUGCAUAUGUCAAGUGAGAAAAAUCAGAAAUUUUUAGAUUUUACAAUUUUGAAGGCAAACUUCGAGAGAAUGGCGAGCUCAGAUGGUUACAACAGUAACAAUGUGAAAGUGGGAUUUAUGAGUAUGGUUAAUAUGGAAAAGACAGCGCUGUUCAAGGAUUUAUUGUGUCCUUAUAUGGAGACAUUUAAUCCUAAAGAACCGAUGGUUUAUCUAUCAUGGGAGAUGGCAAGACCAAUUGGCGGUAUCAAAGUGCUAAAAAGUUGUGUAUCUCAAUUUCAAGACUUUGAUAUUAAAUUGGACAGUGAUACUUUGAAAAAAUUGAUCAAUUGGGUAUUGCCUGCUGAUCUUGUCAAUGCAAUUAGUAAUAAUGAUGAUGAUAAUGAUAGUGAUAAUGAAGAUCAAGAUUCACACGAUAACGAUGGCACUUCCAAUUCAAAUGCUCCUGCAAUCAAACUUUUUUCCGACCGUACAAUAACUUUUGAAUUAGAAAAAAUGGAAGAUAGAAGUUCAAGGACCCUUGUGGUUGAGGACUUAAACACUGAUUCAUUUAAGAUUAAUAUAACUUAUAGAGGGAAAAAUUAUGAAAGGUUAAUCAACGUAACAGGUUUUUUAUUUACUUUCCCGUCCUUAGAAAUUUUUAGAAAGAUCAUAACGAUUGGGGAUUUACUGCAAGCACUAAAGAAUAUUUUAAUCAAAGCCGUACUUAAAAAUAGUGUGAAGUUUUUAAAAAAUAAAAUGAAUGUAACAAGAAAAUUCACAUCGAAAUUCAAUGGUAAGAAUGAUAAAUUGGAACAUUAUUAUUUGGAAAACUAUUUAGAUGAAUAUAAUGUUGAUAAUGAUAUGAAAAAACUUUCUAUGUCUCGUAAAACAACUGGGGAUAGACUUAAAAAGGAUAAUCCAAAGGAUGCUACAGAGAAUAAAAAAAAUGACCCAAAACUCAAAAAUCAAGGCCAUAAUGUUAAAAAUAACUUACAAGAUAAAGAUUACCCGAUCCAGAAAGAGUCUAGUACAGAUAGGAAGAUGAUUUCCUCUAUUGGAAGACUUAAUCCACUAGCCAAAUCUUCCACCUCUAACGGAAGUGAUAUUGAAAAAGUGGCUUCUAAUAAUUCAAGUGGCAGAAGUACUAAUUCAAGUGCUAGAAAUAAACGGAAAUCCAACAAAAAUGUUAAUGAAGAAAAUUAUAUGCAUAAAAUUGGGAAAAUUGGAUCUAAUGUGGGGUUCGGCAGUAAAGAGGGUACUCUUUCUUUAACCAAUUCUAAUGUGACUGAAAACAGCAGUAACACCGUGGGUCUUAAAAAUUCAGGUCCACUUAACGGGAAGAAUUUUACUCAUCAAGAUAUUCCGACUGAAAAAGUAUUUAAAAUCGAAUAG